CGAUAAAGCCGCCCGCUCGCCCUGCCCAGAGAGCUGCUCCGUCACCUUGGACACUCCUGUUCUGGCUCCUGGGUUGCCAAACGCCCCAUCUCCUCGAGAGCCGCUCGUCUCUGAACCGCUCACACUCGCUGCCGCUUGUCUUCCAGAAUGAAGUCGUCGUGGCUGCUGUCUCUUGCCUCAUCCUCCAUCGUCCUGGCCUUGAAGGUCCUUGCCAAGGAGCCAACGGCCUCAUCUACCGCCCAUGUGCUUGACGACCAAGGUCUCACGUACUGCACCCCCCAGGGCAUCAUCGGAGACGUUGCAACCUGCGAUUUCAAAUCCGUCGAGAACGUCAAUCGCGAGCUCGCACCCCUGAUCAGCCGACUCGUUUCCACAACAUAUUUCCGAUAUUACAAGGUCAACCUCGAACGACAGUGCCCAUUCUGGGACGACGAGCUCAAGUGCACUCAGCCUGACUGUGCUGUGGAAGAGGCCGAUGAGGAGGAGCUCCCUGAUGAGUGGAAGACCUCGUCGCUCUCAGGAGUGGACUUCACCAUCGGCGGCGCUGGGUUCUCAAGUUUCUCGAAGUGUACCUUUGGAGAAGAUGACUUUUGCCUUGUUGAAGAUGAGCUCUCGCCAGACGGCACCUACGUUGAUCUCCGUAAAAACCCCGAGCGGUUCACCGGCUACAGUGGCGAUUCGGCAACUCGAAUAUGGCGGUCGAUCUACAGCGAGAACUGCUUCCAUACCGAAGCUCAUGGGCUGGACAACCAGUGUCUCGAGAAGCGUGUCUUCCAUCGCCUGGUUUCAGGCCUGCAUGCCUCCAUCUCCACGCACAUCUGUAUCGAGCAUCUGGAUCGCAAAACCGGCGAAUGGGGACCGAAUCUCAAAUGCUUCAUGUAUCGCGUCGGAGACUUUCCUGAGCGUCUCAAGAACAUGUACUACACCUAUGCCGUUGUACUCAGGGCCAUUGCCAAGUUGUCUCCCCACCUCGGCGACUAUAAUUUUUGUGCUGGAGGCGACAAAAACUCUGGAAAGCUAACCGAGGGUAUUCUGACGGACAUUGUCAAGAUCACCGCACGGGACCCGUCCACAUUCGAUGAAACUCAACUUUUUGUUGAUUCGCAAGAGUAUUUGAAGCUGGAAUUCAAGCAAAAGUUUCGAAAUAUCACUCAAAUCAUGGACUGUGUGUCGUGCCAAAAAUGUCGCCUGUGGGGAAAGCUGCAAACAUCAGGUCUCGCAGCUGCACUUAAGAUCCUCUUUUCAGUCCAAGAUAUUUCGGGCUAUACACUACGCCGCAGCGAGCUGGUUGCUCUAUUCAAUGCCUUCCAUCGGCUGUCGGAGAGUUUGGAAGCGGUAGAAUCGUUUAGGAAGCUCUAUCACGAGUCGUUUCCAACAGAGCGCGUAACUGCCUCGGCCUCCAGGAGCGUUGAAGCCGUUCCAAGCGAAACGCCUAUCCACGAGCCUGUUGCCCUUGACAGGGACGACAACGGCAGUGCUGCAGCCGAGAGCAGCGCUCCAUCUCUAUUUUCGUUCGAGAGCAUCAUGGACUCCCAGUCUCCGUGGGGACUCUUUAUUGGAGCCGUGAUCUUUAUCUUUGGUCUGGCUCGGAUUCUCCUGCAGACCUUGAAGAAAGAGAUCCAAACCGAUGUUUCAAAGAAGUCGCAGAAGAAGCACCAGGCCAAGUCAAAGCGAAAGAUCCGCCAUGCCUGAUCUCUGCCACAACUCUAUGACCUCGGCGGCUUGGGGAGGGAUUGAGCUCGGGACAAUCAAACAGUUUGUGGCGGAGUUGCUAUCCUCGAACCCUGGCGUCAAAAGUUUACAGACAGUGCCACAUAAUGUCGU